CUCUACGUGCGAUCAUUGGCUGCCUGCCGCCGAAGCUCAACCGUGAGAGAUAGGAAAUCGAAUCUACAGGUGUUUGGAGAACGGUUUCAUGCGUUUCAUACGAACUUUUGCAAGGAUGGCGUCUGAAGCAAAGCGAGUGAAGCUGAGCGGAGAUGAUCGGUCUCAGAAGCUCUCUGCCUUGACAGCUGCAGGAUGGAAGGAAGUAGAAGGGCGGGAUGCCAUCCAGAAAGAAUUCACUUUUGGGAACUUCAAUCAGGCCUUUGGUUUCAUGACCCGCGUGGCGCUCAAGGCAGAGACCAUGAAUCACCACCCAGAAUGGUUCAACGUCUACAACCGUGUGGACAUCACGCUCAGCACUCACGACGUCGGUGGGCUGUCCGAUAACGACGUCAACAUGGCCAAUUUCAUCGAGAAGGCGGCGACGACGACGUCGGCCUAGUAAUCUUUCCUUCACUUGGAUUCCAGGGCCCGGUUACCCAAAGCUUGGCAAUCGAUUUUAUGCUUCAUUUCAGUGAUUGAUUGUGCAUUGUAGUCUAUGUGAUCAAUCGUAAAUAAUUGUGCUAUGAUCAUUGCUAAGUUUUGUGUUACGGGGCCAUUGGUAACAAAAUCGUCAUCCAUCUACCUUCUUAGCAACUGUAGAAAAACCAUUAUGAAAUGUAUUAUGAAGUCGCAUCCAUACUGAAACUCAAGAAAUGUGUUUAUGAAAUAUGCAAGGAUUGUUUGUUAGGUAUGAACAAUUUUUAGCAUCAUGAUACCAAAGGGGUGUGAUACUUGUGUUUCCAUUUUGAAAACACGUUUACACUAAAACUGCAAACGUGUGUUACAUUGACACAAUCAAGUUAUGACACAAGUGUUAUACUAUGAAUGCAAUUUCACACUAUACACAAUACAUACUGCCGUACUGUGGCAAAAGGAAGCAAGUUACCAGAGUAUAAUUUGUGUAAAUGAGCAAUGUGUGUUUGUCAUUUACAUUGUCGUCAAUGCAAUUUAACAGCAUAUUUUCUUCAAUAUCUUUCCAUAGAACGAUCAUUUCUUCCCCAAAUUUUGUCUGAACGUGCAACAUACCAAGGGUGUUUCAGAAACAAUAACUCAAAUUUGACUCAUGUGUCACUUGCUUCCUUUUGUCAAAGUUGGGCAGCUUACAAAAACCCAAUGGCCCAUAUUCUAAAUUCCAAUUUAAUUUAUGUCAUGGUCCAACUCUGUGCGAAAGUUAUGGAAAGCCGAAAAUAUCACAAAUUUGUGAUAUUUUGAAACAUUUUAUGUUUCUUGAUGCUCACAAAGGCAAAGAAAACUGAUUUCGUUGUUAUUACCAGGUUAUGUGACUUCCCUAAUAGAACAACGCCAUCUUCGUCCUGGCUUUCGCUCAUCUGGUACUGGUGUCACUCUUCAUGUACCCAUUACACGCCUAAAGGGAUAUGGAGAUCGUGCCUUUUCAUUUAUUGCUUGACAAAAUUGAACUCUUCAAAUCGUAUCUCAAAACUCACUUAUUUCAGCAAUAAUUAGCUCAAUUGGAUGAGCCCACGCUUAUGAAUUUUAAAAACAGAAAUAUGGCACAAUAUAAAUGCUGUGGAUCAUCAUCGUCAUCAUCAUUUCCAGUAAGUUAUGAAAGACCAGAGUAAGUGAUGAGCUUAUUAAUUGAACAUGUGCUGUUAACAAUUGGUGUCUCAAUUGGCUUUCCAUAGUUUUAAUGACAACAAGAGUUUGAAUUCAACCCGAGUUUAGAAUAUGGGUCACUAGCAUGUUAUAAUAUGAAUACGCAUUGAUAUUUCAGAAUGUGUUUAAAGUAAUGAUCAUGUGUUUGCACCAUAACACUAAUUUUUUUUUUCUUAAACGCAUUCUUAAGAUAUCUUACUUGUUUAUUCUCAACUUGCGUUUCUAUCGGAAAGUUAAUGAUUACCCUGAUGACAGUUUUGUGAAACCAGCCCCACCUGACACCGUGUCCAUCCUUGCCAAUAAGGCUGAUAUUGAUCUAACGUUUUGAUAAUGUUAGCAGCUCAGGGUCCCGUCUAACAAAGAGUUGCGAUUGAUCCGAUCAACCACAACUAUGGAAAGCCAGCAAUGUCAACAUCUAAAAUGCAUGUUUGUUCAUAAUGCUAUCUAGAUAUGAUGCAUUCGUUGUUGCCGUGACAACUCAGAGUGCUUCUCUGUUAAAAAAACAACAUUGUGCAAUUUUACUGUAGAAAAAAUUAUGCCAUUGUUGGAUUUUCAUGUUUGUGAUCGAUCGCAUCAAUCUUAACUCUUUUUGUAAGAUGGGGUUUCUUGCAGAUAUAAUAAAUGAUCAAAUCAUUAUGGUGAAUUCAUGUACAAUAUAUAAUAUGUGGUAUUAGAAAAUCAUGUCUGAAAUUCAUAUAUAACGUAGUCAAUAAUAAAAAACUGACCUAACUGCUCAGGGUUAAAACCAAUUAAUAGAACCUAAUUAUAUCUUUCAUUCAUUUUCCCUUUCAUUUUCUGGGGUUUUUUUGGGGGGGUGGGAGGAGACAAAAUAAUUUUUUUUUUUAAAUGUACCUUUUACAACCAGGUUAAUAGAUUUGUCCUUUAGUGGGUACUAUGAAUUUAAAAUUUACUGAUAUAAUAUAAUUUUCCCUGGAUAUAGUACAUUCUUAGUUUUUUGUUUUUUAAUAUGAUAAUAGCGCAGACAAUCUUUGAAUUAAAUCAUUAUGAAAUUGAAGAAAAAUAGUUAACUAUUGAUAUGAAAUUACAUGUUUAUGAGGUGAUGAACAAUACAAUACACUAUAUGCUGCAUGCAGGCAAUAAGAUAACCUCAAACAUUAAAUGAAAUAUCAAAAUUGUUCGUAAAUGACGGGUUUGGUUUCAUUGUCAGAUCAGGCCAUCGGGGGCGUACCUCACUUUACAGUAUUGAGAAAUCACGUACUGAACUUGCAUAUUGAUAAGGGAGCUAACUCUAGGAAAUAUGUCAACUGCGCCCCUAUUGUCUUUAUGCCCCAGCUAUUAAUACAAUCCUGUAUGUGCUGGGUUCAGAGUGUGUUUCAAACGUGUUGCUAUUGGUUAAAAGUUUGUUUAAGCAUUCCUCAGUGUCUCUGUAUUCAUACCUUGUAUUGUUGUUAUCACAAUGUUCAUACAAUUCUAAGGGAAUAAGAUGAGUUCAGUAUUAUGUGUUAACAAGUGAAUAAUGUCUCGUUAUAAUAGCAGUUGUAGACUAAGAGGCCGUUCUCAUUACACUUUCUAAAACCAGUUUACUGGAAACCGAUUCAGGAAGCCAGUUUGGAAGAUCGCUUUGCUAGCGUUCCCACUUGAUCACACCUUGGAGCUAUGGUAUUAACACAGACGAAAGUGGUUUUCAAAAUCAUUUCACAUAAAGCGAUCUUGUAGCUAUGGAAACGCUCUCAGUGGGGUGACACGUUUCACGCGAAAUUUGAAAUCGCAGAGUAAGCAUUCUACACCAGUCGUGUGGAGUAGCGCGCUCAAAACGUGCGAAGAUCGCUUCCCGAAGAACGGUUGUGUCCUCACGCUAAAACCAGUUUAACGAGGCAGAGCGAUCUUGAAAACUACAUCGCGAGGUGGUUUUCUGAACCGGUUUGGAAGAUCGCUUCCAGGAUCGCUUCGACCGUUCUCACUACACGUUAAGCUCGUUUCCACUAAACUAGUUUUAGGAACGUAGUGACAACGGUGUGACUAAUAAGUAUCCAAAUGUGUCUCCCUAGCCCAUGCUCUGGUCCUUUGUAAUGUCACAAAUUACUGUAUACGGCUGCAGAGUUAGUUAUGUUUAGUUUGUCAGCUCUCAUUAAUUUGUCAUUCACAAAUGUUACAAUAUAUGCAAGCCCAUAGCCAGAAGGGGGGGUCAAACCCCCUGAAAUUUUCAAAAGCAAGAAAAAAUAGGGGAUGAAAAGAAGAAGAGAAGGAAAGUCAAGGGAUCAAACCCCCUAAUUGAAAACCCCUGGCUGCAGGCCUGAUAUGUACUGCUUUGGAAUUGAAAGAAUCAAAAUAUAUCAUUGUUUUGUUUUCAGGUAUUUGUAGAGGUUCAAUCAUGUAAAAAUGGGAGAAAAUCUUUAGAUGACUAUCAAAAGCUGAAUUUUCUACAGUUGUGUGCUUCGUUUGUUGCUAUUUUAGAAUAUCUUAUACAUUGUAUCAGCCAACCUGUGUGUAUGUAUUCAGGAGGGGGGGGGGCAGAGGUAGUCUGCUGUGCAGACCCUUCACUCAGGUUUUGGGGUCUGAAUGCAAAGCCUUGUUUAUACCUCGGUCACAUUUGCUCUACGGCGGCUGUACGGCGAGUCGAAAACAGCCGUUUUAUUCAUUUUUAUUCAAACCACCUAUAUUUAGCUGGUACAAAAACUGUUAAAACGACUGUUUUCGACUCGCCGUAUGGCCGCCGUAGAACAUAUGUGACCGAGGUAUUACUGAAGGCCCUUUGAAAGAGCAAGUUUUAAAAGUGCUAGUCUUUUAUGAAGACCCACUUGUAGAUCAAAGUUUCAAUCAGAGUCCGUGCCUGCAGACCACAAGCAAUGUUCCCCAAUAUUAACCUUUUUUUAUUUAAAAGUUUUUUACCUACUCCCAUGGUAUAUCCUGGAUUUACCCAUGUGCGUCAUAUAUUUGUUUCAUUCUUCCAGAAAUCUUUUUUUUUGUAUGUGUAUUUUGGUAUCCCAUGUAAUGGUGUGCAUAAUGAUAAUAGAAAGAGUAUUCAAUAAAAAAAAUGAUAAAUCUACAAA